CUGAAAACAAGAUGAUUUUCCUGCACGGUCUGGCUUUAGCCGUAUAUGAAUUUCAGAGAUACCUCAAAUACCGCGAUGACCAGAGACAAGAGAUGCAGAAGCGGGAGGAAGAUCAGCAAGCUGCUGAGACGUACGCCGCCGCUGCUGUCGAGAAGGCCGAGGCUGCUACUGCUGCAGCAGAUGCUGGAUAUGCUGCCUGGAAAGAGGCCAUGAUUUUUGCAGCUCUGGAAGCCGAGAGAGUGUCGGCAUAUUCCUCGAAGAACGCUGGGUCCCCUGAAACGUUGGAGGUGAAGAGAUUAGAGGCGGAGGCAUUGGAGAAGGCUCACAAUUAUGCAGCGCUGGAGGAGAAGAGAGCAGCUGCAGCUCUUGCCUUGGAGAGGGUCCAGUCUGCUGCAGCUGGUACUGACUUCUCCAGUGGUGAAAACGCUGCAGCUGCUGUUGCAGCUCCCAAGGCCGACAUCGUUCGAGCCAAACAGGACAAACCCAAGAAGAAGGGCAUCUUCGGAGGCAUGAAGACUGGCUUCAUGCUGUAA